GAUCAAGAGCGAGAAGGAGAGGGAGGGAGAGAGAGGGAGAGAGCGUGGCGGUGUUGUUUCUCUCUCUAUCUCUAAUUUCCUCGCUCUAAUCUCUCUAUCUCUAAUUCAAGAUGGCGGCGGAGGAGCUCAAGAACCAGGCCAACGACUACUUCAAGAACCGGGAGUAUGAAAGGGCCAUUGAGCUGUACACGGAGGCGAUCGCCCUUGAGGAUGACCCCCCAAAGAAGGCUAUUUACUAUGGCAACCGCUCGCUCGCACAACUAAGGCUGGAGAACUUCGGCCUUGCCCUUGAAGACGCUAAUUCUGCCCUUGAGCUCGACAAAGGCUAUCUCAAGGGUCACUACAGACGAGCCAGCGCGUACAUGGCCUUGGGGAAAUUCAAGUUGGCUCUCAAGGAUUACGAGAUGGUCACCAAGAAGAAACCCUCGGACAAGGACGCCAAGGUCAAGUACCAGGAAUGCCAAAAAGUGGUCAAAAUGCUUCUCUUCCAAAAGGCAAUCGCAGUUGAGGAGGAUAGUCGGAGCAUUGCGCAGACCAUCAACCUUGACAGCAUGGUCAUAGAAGAGGACUAUGACGGCCCCGAACUUGAGGACGGGAAGGUCACUGAAAAGUUCAUGGAGGAUCUCAUACAGCAUUACCGGGACCAGAAGAAACUCCACCGUCGCUACGCCUACAAGAUUCUCCUGGACGUGAAAGAGUACUUCUCGAGUCUGCCGUCCCUGGUAGACAUCGAGAUCGAACCGGCCGGCAAGUUCACGGUCUGCGGAGACAUCCAUGGGCAGUUCUAUGACCUCCUCAAUGUCUUUGAACAAAAUGGCCGCCCUUCACAGGCCAACCCCUACCUGUUCAACGGAGAUUUUGUCGACCGGGGGAGUUUUUCCGUCGAGGUCAUCUUUGUCCUGUUCGGAUACACUCUCCUUCUCCCGAAAUUCUUCUACAUGGCCCGAGGCAACCAUGAAUCGCUCACCAUGAACCAGAUGUAUGGUUUUCAAGGCGAGGUCCGGUCUAAGUACACCCAGCAAAUGGCAGAGCUGUUCACCGAAGUCUACAACCAUCUACCGCUGUGCCAUUGCCUCAACCAUAGAAUCCUGGUGAUGCAUGGUGGACUAUUCUCCUCUGACGACGUGACCUUGGAUGACCUUCGGAAGAUAGACCGGAACCGCCAACCACCAGAUGAAGGUCUGAUGUGCGAGCUGCUUUGGUCCGACCCCAUGGACAAGCCCGGUAGAGCCCCAAGCAAGAGGGGGGUCGGUAUACAGUUUGGACCGGAUGUGACCCGGUCUUUCCUCAACCGGAACGGCCUCGACUAUGUCAUCCGGAGUCACGAGGUCAAAGCGGAUGGCUACGAGAUUGCUCACGAUGGUGGAUGUGUGACCGUCUUCUCCGCGCCGAAUUACUGUGACACAAUGGGAAACAAAGGAGCAUUUAUAACCAUGAACGGAAGUGACCUCAAACCACACUUUACUACUUACGAGGCCGUGCCUCAUCCUCCAGUUAAGCCGAUGGCAUACGCAAACUCGCUUCUCUCGCUCUUCAGUUGAGAGAGAGAGAGAGAGAGAGAGAGAGAGAGAGAGAGAGAGAGUGUGUGUGUGUGUGCGUGUGUGUGUGUGUGCAAGGCUACUAUUACUUCUACUACUACUACUGUGUGUGUGUGUGUGUGUGUGUGUGUGUGUGUGGUAGAAAGAUUGACAAUAGUAUUAAUCUUAUAAAUAUUGUAAAAACUUAGUAGUAGUAGUAGUAGUAGUAGUAGUAGAAGUAGUAGUUAUUUCACCAACCUCUACCAGCCUUGCAUUCUUCCCUCAACCAGUCCCUCCAACCUUCCCCUCAAUUCUACCAACUUCCCCUCACCUUACGUCAACCAAAUUUCCACCACAUCAAGAACAACCAUUUGGCUCUCUGUCCCCACCAAGAGCACACCCGCACGUCAACCGAGUCAACCGCAAUCGACCAAGAUGCGGCGACUUCUUAGCCCGAAACCUCUGUCGAACUUGCAUUUUUCCUCCUGAGAAAGAUUUUGGUUGACUGGAGUUUGGAGAGAAACGGAGGGAUGGAGAGAAAAUUUGGAGACAUGGAGAGAAAGAGAAUUUACUUGUCUAUCUUCACACAAAAGAGGAAGGAGAGAGAUGGAGAGAUAACGGAGGAAAGGAGGGAAACGUAGAGAGAGGUGGAGAGAAAAAUCAUAAAAAAAGUGGGUAUCUGAAUUUUUUCCUCCAAAUUCCAUGGGUGAUUUUGGAGGAAAGGAGAGACGGAGAGAAAAACCGGAGGCAUGGAGAGAAAGAGAAUUUACUUAACUAUCUCCACACAAAAAGGGAAGGAGCGAGAUGGAGAGAUAACAGAGGAAAGGAGGGAAAUGUAGAGAAAGGUGGAGAGAAAAAACAAAAAAAAAGUUGGAAUCAGAAUUUUUUCCUCCAAAUUCCAUGGGUGAUUUUGGAGGAAAGGAGGUACGGAGAGAAAACCCGGAGGCAUGGAGAGAAAGAGAAUUUACUUGACUAUCUCCACAGAAAAGAGGAAGGGGAGAGAUGGAGAGAUAACGGAGGAAGUGGAGGAAAUGUAGAGAAAGGUGGAGAGAAAAAACAAAAAAAAAGUUGGAAUCAGAAUUUUUUCCUCCAACUUCCAUGGGUGAUUUUGGAGGAAAGGAGUUACGGAGAGAAAAACCGGAGGCAUGGAGAGAAAGAGAAUUUACUUGACUAUCUCCACACAAAAGGGGAAGGAGAGAGAUGGAGAGAUAACGGAGGAAGUGGAGGAAAUGUAGACAAAGGUGGAGAGAAAAGACGAAAAAAAAGUUGGAAUCUGAAUUUUUUCCUCCAACUUCCAUGGGUGAUUUUGGAAGAAAGGAGAGACGGAGAGAAAAACCGGAGGCAUGGAGAGAAAGAGAAUUUACUUGACUAUCUCCACACAAAAGGGGAAGGAGAGAGAUGGAGAGAUAACGGAGGAAGUGGAGGAAAUGUAGACAAAGGUGGAGAGAAAAGACGAAAAAAAAGUUGGAAUCAGAAUUUUUUCCUCCAACUUUCAUGGGUGAUUUUGGAGGAAAGGAGGGAUGGAGAGAAAAACCGGAGGCAUGGAGAGAAAGAGAAUUUACUUGACUAUCUCCACACAAAAGGGGAAGGAGAGAGAUGGCGAGAUAACGGAGGAAGUGGAGGAAAUGUAGACAAAGGUGGAGAGAAAAGACGAAAAAAAAGUUGGAAUCAGAAUUUUUUCCUCCAACUUCCAUGGGUGAUUUUGGAGGAAAGGAGGGACGGAGAGAAAAACCGGAGGCAUGGAGAGAAAGAGAAUUUACUUGACUAUCUCCACACAAAAGGGGAAGGAGAGAGAUGGAGAGAUAACGGAGGAAAGGAGGGAAAUGUAGAGAAAGGUGGAAAGAAAAAACGAAAAAAAAGUUGGAAUCAGAAUUUUUUCCUCCAACUUCCAUGGGUGAUUUUGGAGGAAAGGAGGGACGGAGAGAAAAACCGGAGGCAUGGAGAGAAAGAUAAUUUACUUAACUAUCUCCACACAAAAGGGGAAGGAGAGAGAUGGAGAGAUAACGGAGGAAAGGAGGGAAAUGUCGAGAGAAAUGGAGAGACAGAGAAAAAAAAAUGUAGUCCCAAGACCUCUUUCAAAACAGUAUAGCUGAUUGGGCGACAUGACUUGUAGUAGUAGUAGUAGUAGUAGUAGUAGUAGUAGUAGUAGUGGCAGGAGGCUCAUAACACACAGACACUUAUAAUGUUUAAGUAAGUAUUAAGUAAAAAUGUUUGAUUACUGUA